AUGUCGAUGGUUGAGGAUGGCCGUAGCCUGGCAGGCUAUACGCUGGAUGAUGUUUUGGCUAACAAUAGAUUAGGGCCACCGGCCACUGCAAGGGCCACCGAAAUCCGCGGCCGAACCCUACUUGACAUAAUCCGCGACGAGGAGCCGAGCGCCGGCAAGGGGCUUUUCGGAAAGGAUAAAAGGACUUGGAAAUCUUUUAGGGAUAAGCUCCGGCUGAAGCGCGCCGGCUCUGCUUGGGUCUCAACGGUUCCAAUUCCGACCUCUGAUAUUCCUGUUCAAACCAAGCGCUCUCUAAUCGGAAGACGAAAUCAAAUCCGUUUUAACACGGGCUCGUCCAAAAACUCCACCGAUAAUCAUUCUCGUCAUCCGUCCGAAGAAUCUUCCAAAUCCACUCGCCGUCAAAUGUCUCGACAAACUUCCACAAUGAACAGCUCAAGCGAUUCCUCCGCGUUUCAUUAUGAUGAAUCCUCCGAAUACUCAUCGUCUCCAGAUGCAGCCCCAGUUCGAAUCAUGAGACCGCAAAUGUCACGCCAUAACUCAGUCCGUGUCUCAAAUCCAAUGGAGAAUUACACCGAUCCAACAGAACCAGAUCGCGAUAACCGAAUUCGACACUCGAAUUUAUCAGAUCACAGAAUGAUGUCCGCAAGAGAAGCCGUAGCAGCACAAGAAGCAGCAGAUGCAGCUUCCGCCGCGGCUGCCGCAGCAGCAGCAGCAGCGGAAGCAGCAGAAGAAGAAAAAAAACAAAACGAAAACAACAACUUGAACGGAAAUGAAAACGAAAAGGAAGAAUCAACAACGGGAUCAGAGGGGGAGGAGGAGUCUUCGCCGGCGUCGGAACCAGUGAGGAUGUCGUUGAUGGAUCUAUUACAUGAGACGGACAGGGAAAUGGGUUUUGAGAGAUCGAGUUACGGAAUGGGAUUUGAAGAAAACUUCUUCGAGGAUGAUGAAGAUGAUGAAUACGAAGAAGAUGAAGAUAAUGGUAACGGUGGAGAAUUUAGCUGUUGCGUUUGUAUGGUGAAACAUAAGAACGCGCCGUUGGCGGAUUGUGGCCAUACUUUUUGCCGGCUGUGUUCGAAGGAGUUGAUGGUAAGCCGCGGGAACUGUCCUACUUGCAGCAAUUUCAUCUUGGAAAUCCUUGAUGCUUUUUGAUUUUUUUCUCUCUCUCAUUCAUAUAAUUUGUUUGAUCAUUUGAGGAUUUAAAAUUGCAAAAGUUUGAGUAGAUA